AUGGAGAGGAAAAUACUAAUGAGGGAGAAGGAAGAAUUGAGAAUCAAGAAUGAGGUAUUGAAGAAGGAGAAAGAAGAGUUGGAGGAGGGUAAGGUGGAGUUGAAGAAGUAUAUGGAGGGGUUUCUUAUAGAGAAGAUGCAAUUUUGGAAGGAGAAAGAGUUAGAGAAGGAGAAGGAGGAUGAGGAUUUGGAAGGUAGGGACCAGGGGAAUGGAGAGGUGGAUGUUCAACACUCGGAUGCGUUAGACGUUAAUACAUGUGAGAAAUCACUGCGAUUCAUUCCAGUUUAUAAGAGGAGAAGUAAGAGGGCCGUGAAGUCAUCUGUCUACGAGCAUUCUCCAUUCACUUUCAUCUUUGUCAUUCAAACAACUCCAAGCAAUGCCGCCGACUAUGAGAAACUGAGAGAAUUAUGCAGCCCGAUCAAGAUGAUUGAUGAGGAAACUCUCAACCACAUGAAGAUGGGCCCUAAGCAGCGUAGGGCCCACAAAGAAGAGUUCGGGGACGAAGCGGAAGAGGAAAGUGGAGAUGAAGAAGAUGAUGAGGAACAAGAAGAGGACAAGGAAGAAGGAGAAGAAGAGGUCGAGGACACUGACAGGGAGCCACCUGUCACACGUAGCAAGCACAAGAGCUUGGAUGCGCUCAGUGCCUGUAUGGCCAGGAUAGAAGAGAACGAGGGGAACCUGAAGAGGAGGCUUAAGAAGUUGUCUCACACAAUGAAAGCAAUUUUAUGCUAUGUACAUAAAGAGGGAGCACCCCCUCCUUCAUCAGACUCAGAGGAUUAUUAG